UUUUUAGCUUUAGCUGUAGUAUUACCAGUAUUUCAGCGAAAUGGACGAAGUAAAGAACAAUUUGGCCAGUGUAAAGCACACUAUUCUCGUUUUGUCAGGAAAGGGUGGUGUCGGAAAAAGCACGGUUGCAACGCAGUUGGCCCUUGGUCUUAAAUUUGCAAAGAAAAAGGUAGGGAUCCUAGACAUUGAUCUUUGUGGACCUAGCAUUCCACGGAUGGUUGGAGUAGAAGGUCAUGACGUACACCAAUGUCCACAAGGAUGGGUACCUGUUUACCCUGAUCCAUCUUUAGCAAUCAUGUCAAUCAGCUUCCUUCUCGGUAAUCAAGAUGAUGCGGUGGUGUGGAGGGGACCAAAGAAAAAUGCAAUGAUAAAGCAGUUUCUGACUGAUGUUGUAUGGGGAGAAUUGGACUACCUUAUUAUAGAUACACCCCCAGGUACAUCAGAUGAACACAUCACAGUGGUAGAAAAUCUCCAGUCUCAUAACCCAGAUGGGGCUGUCCUUGUUACAACUCCUCAGGCAGUAGCUGUAGGUGACGUUCGAAGAGAGCUAACAUUCUGCAGGAAGACGAGGCUAAGAGUGCUGGGACUGGUAGAAAACAUGAGCGGGUUUGUCUGCCCUCACUGUUCAGAGUGUUCCAAUGUGUUCUCUCAAGGAGGUGGUGAAUCAUUAGCAAAGGAAUGUCAGGUACCCUUUCUAGGUAAUAUUCCACUGGAUCCUCAACUUGCGAGCUGCUCCGAGGGAGGUCAGGGCUUCAUCGAGGCCUUCCCAUCAUCCCCUUCAGCACAAGCCAUCAAGAGCAUAGUCGAAGCAGUCAUAGAAAGCACCGAUACAAGUACGACGUGACACAUGCUGCCGGGCUUCAGGAAUACAAGUACUAAGAACUGUCUGUAUAGGUUUUAAUAGUUAGAAAUAAUCCAUCGCCAGCAGUGCAUGGCACACACCCUCGUCAGUGAUCAAUGGUGUCUGAACAACAUAGGCUGUGCAGUUUUAGACCAUUUGAUGGAGAAUGAAAUACCAUUGAUGACAGGAAGUGAACAGGAUCAAAGAUGAAGUAUAAUGAAGACACAGCUAUAUUCAGCUCAUUACUGUUAAUCAUUCUCAAAUGAAUUUGUAAGUGUUCAUGGUUGAUUUUGAGCUGUAUCUUGCAUGCAGUGGCUGAAUUGCGCACAAAUUACAUAAUAGCAGCUUUCAUAAAAUUUUGCAAUUAAACAAAUGUUAGUAAAUUUUGUGAUGAACCUCGAUUUCUCAUAUUGGCACAUCAUGGAAUGAACAUGAUGUAUAAAUAUUUACCCAAAUAUUAUGAUGAAGAUGGCAUUCUUGGUUUAUAAGACAGUGGCAUUGGAGGCCUCCAGACUUGAUUGCUCCUUUACUGGUUUGAACAUUUUGGCUAUUUCACAGCAUGCUCCUGUUGUCACUGUAUUCAAACGUGUGAUCAUGUUUAUUCUGCAACUCAGAAUUCGACCCUUAAGAAACCACGUUUCAAGUAUAUUUUCAGUCAUUUUUAGCCCCAUAUUGCACAGAACAGAUA